UGGGGGGUGGAAUAGUGCCCCAUUAUUGGUGUCAGUGGGGGGGGGGGGAAUAGUGCCCCAUCGUUGAUGUCAGUGGGGGGAGGAAUAGUGCCCCAUCGUUGGUGUCAGUGGGGGGGAGGAAUAGUGCCCCAUCAUUGGUGUCAGUGGGGGGGAGGAAUAGUGCCCCAUCGUUGGUGUCAGUGGGAGGAAUAGUGCCCCAUCGUUGGUGUCAUGGGGGGUGGAAUAGUGCCCCAUCAUUGGUGUCAGUGGGGGGUGGAAUAGUGCCCCAUCAUUGGUGUCAGUGGGGGGUGGAAUAGUGCCCCAUCAU